AUGGAGCAAGCCAGUAACACGGAGGCGACGGUGGCCAUGCCGCGGCUCGAGGAUAUCCUGCGACAUCCGGAAGACCUGGACAAGAUCGGCGGCUUGAAGGCCGAAUACCUGCGCAAGAAGGCGGCCGUCGAUUCACGGCUUCGAGAAGGUCUGCGGGAUCAGCUGGAGGCUGUGCAACGCAGCAUUGGGACUCUGACCGAGGGCCAGCGACAGGUCUCAAAAACUAAAGACGAGCUCCAGGGCAUCGACAAGCUGUGCGCUGAGUCCCAAGAUAGCGUCGAAGAUUUCGCGCAGAUUGAUCAGCUGGCCCGGAUCCAGCGUCAUUUCGAAGCCACUUUGAUGAUGAAGAAGGGCCUGGAGAGCUUCAGCUCAGAUAUCCAGGAGGUGGAGGAACUAUUGAAAGAAGACGACGAGGACCCAGAGAACCAGCCGAAUCUGCUUCGAGCUCACAUGCAGAUCUCACGGCUGCGCGACUUCCGGGACGAGGCUAUUGAUCAGAUUCGCAAGGCCAAGGACGCUAGCAGCGAGCAGACCUUGACGGAGUAUUUCCAAGGGCUGGACUCGGUGAUCGAUUGGUUCGAUGAGCACCUGGGAACCGCGUGCAUGAACCUCAUUCCGCUGGUACAAUCUGAUAAUAGGAGCAUGGUUGUGCGACUCGCAGUUGUGGUGAUGAACGAGGAAAAGAACGACGAUACGGUGCGGGCACUACAGGAGGCCCAGAAGGAUCACAAGGACCUGGCCAGCCGCUUCAAGUCUAUGAACAUUGGUCCCAAGACCGUCCGUGGAUACAAAGAGAAGCUCAUCCAGGCGAUCGAGCUCUACGCAGAGGAGCAGUUCGAGAAUACCAAGGAGGAGUUCCUCGAGGACCCGGAGCAUCUGGAGAAGAGCUUCCGGUGGUUUUUCAACGAUUUGUUCACCGUCCAGCAAGGCAUGCAAAAUCUGGUUCCGAAGAAAUGGAAGAUCUACAAGACCUACACAAAUAUCUAUCAUCGGAUGAUGCACGAUUUCCUCGUCAACAUGAUCGAUGAUCCGGACGUGCCUGCCGACAACCUGUUGACCAUAAUCCACUGGAGCGAGAAGUACUACAAGAAGAUGAAGAAACUUGGCUGGACGCCGACCGACCUCCACCCCAACAUCUUGGACGACCGCGAGCCCGAGCUCGUCCGCCAGUGGCAGAGUGUGAUCAUCAAUGCGGUCGAGGAGUGGAUGGACCGGAUCUUCGAAGCCGACAAAAAGGGGCUCGUCGAGCGGCUGCCCGAUUCCCUGGACACCAACGCCGAUGGCUAUUUCCGGACGAAGACGCUGGCCGAUAUGUGGCGCAUGCUCCACGAGCAGGUGAUGGCAUCCGGGGCGUCGGAUCGGGCGGACGUCGUCGAAGGCGUGAUCGAUGCUAUGUUCCGAGCCCUCAAGGGCCGGCAAAGCGCGUGGCUGGCGCUGAUCGACGAGGAAUGCGCCAAGCACAAGGCGGGCGGCGAUCACGCCGAGGGAGUCCAGAUGUUGCAGGACUAUCUGGUGGGAGUGGCCAACGACCAGAUUGCGUGUAUCGACGACAACGAGGAGACCGGGCAGUUGGGGUACUUGUCGCGGUUCAGACAGGACCUCGAGCCUCUGGUAACACCCAAGUAUAUGGCAACGCGAGCCCAAUCGGAGCUGGAUGCGAUUCGCGACGGAUACGUCGAUCUGAGCACGCAUUGUCUGGCACAGUUUGUGGCCGUGGUUUUCAGCGUGGAUUUGAGCUCGGUAAUUCCAGACUUCUUCACGCCCAGGUGGUACGGCGAGUACGCCUCCAAGCGCAUCACAUCCACCUUCGAGGACUACAUGGCCGACUACACGCCAGUGCUGCACCCGUCGCUGGCAGAUAUCCUUGUCGAGGAGCUGUCCGACGAGCUGCUGGUGCGGUAUCUGUCGGCCGUGCGCAACAAAGGCGUCAAGUUCCGUCGCCACGUCGACCCAUACACAGACAAAUUCAAGGACGACGUCCUCACCGUCUUUGCCUUCUUUCAGAAAUACCCGGAUUCCUUUGCCGGCACCAUCAAACAGAAGUGGCGGCUGGUGGAUUGGCUGGUGCGGCUGCUCGAGGCCGAGAAGGGCCCGCCAUUGGUCAAUGUCUACGAGUCGUUCAAGAUCGAGUACUGGGAUCUGCAGCUCUCGUGGGUCGAGGCUGUGUUGCGUACUCGAGACGACUUUGAGCGCAGUAUGGUCAGCUCUAUUAAGGCCAAGGCUGCUGAGUUGUCGGUUGAACGGGGCAUGGAGACUAUUAUGAGCCGAAUGCGGUGA